AUGAAGGCAUGGGAGGCAACAAUCCGGAAAACACAACAGGCAAAGAAACAAGCCAGCAACAUUUUUGGUUCGGCCCAUGUAGACGAUGAAUACAUGGAUCAAGACGAGACUCCUCGUGCCGCGGGUGAGGUCUACCAUGCUGAAAGAUACCUAUCCAACGGAGACUACUAUACCGGCAACUGGUCCGACAACUUCCCUCACGGUUUCGGCAAAUAUUGGUGGACCGAUGGCUGCAUGUACGUGGGUGACUGGUUCCGUGGCAAAACCAUGGGCCGUGGCACCUUCAGCUGGCCGUCAGGAGCCACCUAUGAUGGGGAGUUCAAAAGCGGAUAUAUGGAUGGAGAAGGCACUUAUACUGGGCCCAACGGGGACACCUAUAAAGGGCAAUGGAUCAUGAAUUUGAAACAUGGAUAUGGAGUUAAGGAAUACACCAAUGGAGAUGUAUACGAUGGCGAGUGGUGUCGAGGGUUUCAAGAAGGGAACGGUAAGUACCAAUGGAAAGACGGAAGCUUUUAUAUUGGAGAAUGGAAAAAUGGAAGCAUGUGUGGUGAGGGUAAGCUGGUUUGGCCUAAUGGGAACACAUAUGAAGGGCAAUGGGAAGAUGGUCUACCCAAAGGAUAUGGUGAGUUUAAAUGGGCUGAUGGAUGUUGUUAUGUUGGUAAUUGGAGUAAAGAUCCAGGAGAACAAAACCUGACAUUUCAUUCAUCCGCGGAUGAUGAUGGGAAAAGAGAUCCACAGCAAGUUUUUCAUGUUUAUCUUCAAGACUGUGUAAUUUGUCCUCCCGAUAAGGUUCCCAUCUUACCGUCUCAGAAGAAACUAGCACUUUGGCGAUCUUCCAAAGAUCACGAACCAACGGUGCGGCCACGCAGGAUGUCGGUUGAUGGGAGAUUGGAUGCUAGUGUUGAUAAGGAACUUAGUAGAAUGAGGAUGUUGGAGGAUUCAGAAAGGAAUAUCAAGGCUAGAGAUGAUGCAUCAUUGUUAUCAUCCAGUAAUAGUAAUAGUAAUACAUUAACUGAAGGAAGUCCAAUUCGGAUUCCGAAAGUGGUCAAGCAACAAGGCCAGACCAUCUCUAAAGGGCAUAAGAAUUAUGAACUCAUGCUCAAUUUGCAACUUGGAAUCAGGCAUUCUGUAGGAAGACCAGGGCCAAUGCCCUCCUUAGACUUGAAGGCUUCAGCUUUUAAUCCAAAAGAGAAAGUGUGGACAAGAUUCCCACCAGAGGGAUCUAAAUACACCCCUCCACACCAAUCUUGUGAGUUCAGAUGGAAGGAUUAUUGCCCCUUAGUUUUCAGGACAUUAAGGAUGUUGUUCAAGGUGGAUGCAGCUGAUUACAUGCUAUCAAUAUGUGGGAACGACGCCCUUCGAGAGCUCUCUUCGCCUGGAAAGAGCGGAAGCUUCUUUUACCUCACGCACGAUGAUCGUUACAUGAUCAAAACCAUCAAAAAGGCUGAAGUCAAGGCUAUAUUAAGGAUGCUGUCUGCAUACUACAACCAUUUUCGUGUGUUUGAGAAUACCCUACUCACCAAAUUCUUCGGACUACAUUGUGUGAAGCUAACUGGCCCUGCACAAAAGAAGGUACGUUUUAUCAUCAUGGGGAACCUUUUCUGCACCGAUUACCUCAUUCACAGACGAUUCGAUUUGAAAGGAUCGUCCCUUGGCCGCCUCACGGAUAAACCCGAGUCCGAAAUCCAAACCACCACCAUACUUAAAGACCUCGAUCUUAACUUCAUGUUUCGACUGCACAAGACUUGGAUCCAAGAAUUCAGACGGCAAAUCGAUAGGGAUUGUGAUUUUCUGGAGCAAGAGAGAAUCAUGGAUUACAGCCUCUUGGUCGGCCUUCACUUCAAAGACACGAAUGACUUCAUCUCCACCGGUACUUACAUCAAUUAGUUGCUAAUCACACUUCUUUUCCUAAAUCUUCACAUGUCGACUUUGGGAAUCAACAUGCACGCACGAGUCGAAAGGAUGGAACGGAAGAACGAAAUGGAGCUAAUCGGGGAACCAACGGGCGUGUGUUAUGAUGUCAUGAUGUUUUUCGGCAUCAUCGACAUACUUCAAGACUACGAUAUCACCAAGAAACUCGAGCACGCGUAUAAGUCGUUCCAAUACGACCCCACGUCCAUAUCCGCGGUCGAUCCUCGACAAUAUUCUAAACGUUUCCGUGAUUUCAUACUCAAAAUUUUCAUAGAAGAUGCAUAA